AUGGGUGCUCCAAAAGGGAAGGGCGGCAAAGGAGGUAAAGGCAAGGCGAUUGCGAGCAAGGGUGGAAGUGUUUCAAAAGGCAAGGGCAAAGGAGGCAAACCCAGCGGCAAGGGGAAAGACAAUGGUGGCGAGAAGUGGAUUCAAGUGAAGCCCACAGUUCUCGUCACUGGAUGUGCUGGCUACGUCGCAACGAGUAUCAUACGCAAGCUGGUCAGUGAUGGGUACAAGGUGCGCGGUACUAUGCGUUCUGUGGACCUCAGUGACACUCGAGUAGCGAUGAUGAAGCGCAUCUUCCCUCAAGUGGAGUUGGUGGAGGCUGACCUGCUAGGGGCAGAGGACAGCUUCGCCAAGGCCAUGGAAGGCUGCAAGUACGUCAUUCACACGGCCUCGCCUUUCAAGCUCGAUGCCAAGGACGUCCAAGCGGAGCUAAUUGCACCGGCGAUAAAGGGCACCGAGGCCGUGAUGCGAGCAGCAGCGAAGGCAAAGAUUGCCAGAGUGGUCCUCACCUCCUCCGUUGCAGCCGUUGGAAACUGGACAAAGGAGGGGAAGUCGGGCAAGGUCUGGACUGAGGAGGAUUGGUGUGAGGACGAGCCGGACGGUCCGGUCACAGGCUACAGAGUUUCCAAGACCUUAGCUGAAAAGAAGGCUUGGGAGUUGUCCAAAGAGUUAGGUGUGGAGCUGGCAGUGCUGAACCCCGGCUUCGUGAUCGGCCCCAUGCUUUCCGCGCGGAAAGAUGGUGAGUCCGUGCAGUUCAUGGUGAAAAUGCUGGAUGGCACCAUGAAGGAGAAGGCAGCUGCUGGUCAGCUGUCCGGAUACCCGAAGCCAGUUACCGAUGUUCGCGACCUUGCCCUGGCGCACGUCCGAGCAAUGGAGAAAGAGGAGGCUGCUGGAAAGCGAGUUCUGAUCUGUUCAGAAACUGGUUAUACAUCAGCCAAGAUGGCUUCGCUUCUUGGUGAUCGCUUCAAGGCGUACCCACUCCCGACGGAGAGCCAGGAGCAGGAAAUUGAAGCAAAGUUCGAGAACAAGAGGACGAAGGAGAUCCUGGGUGUCUCCUUGCGUCCCGUGGAAGUCUCCUUGCGAGACAUGGCGGCUGCCGCGCUGAGGCUGGGAAUGGUAGAACGAAAGUUCAUCAAGAAAGCGGCCAAGGGAUUUGGCAAGGUUACAGACAUUAUGCCAGACAGCAGGAGCGUGUACCUCCUCGUGAGUGUCGUCUCCAUCGGAACACCCGAGGAGGGCAGAGGUGGAGACACAAUCACAGAGGUGGUGGUUGGCGACUCCAGCGGACUAGUGACUGUCCGGUUAAACGGUGAGGAGGUCAAGGCUUUGGGAGCCGUCGGCGAUGUGGUCGAGAUCAGGAAUGGUGCCGUCAAAAUGACGAAGCUCCUUCGCACCAUAUCAGAGCCAUACAUGUUUUCGGCGUGCAUGUCCACUUCAGCGGGAGCUGCAAAGGCAGCAAAGGAUGGGGCAAUGCCCGUCAUCAAAGUCAGAGCCGCGCAAGUCACGCAUCCGACUGGAGAUCCAAAGUUUUCCGUGAUGCAGCCUUUCCCAGCAGGAAUUUCCGAAAAGGAUGCAGACCCAUUUCUCAUGUGCGACGAGUUUGGGCCUUCCGUUAGCUCAGGCGUGGAGACCCACCCAGACAAGUUUCCUGUGGCAUGGCAUCCUCACAUGGGCAUGGACAUCAUGACCUACAUGCGAGAGGGAUAUGGCCGGCAUGCAGAUUCUCUCGGCAACCGAGAGACGUUCCAGGGUCCCGGUUUCCAGUGGAUCAGCGUUGGCAGCGGCAUCGAGCACGCUGAAGGCGGCGGCACCCCGAAAGGAGAGACACAGCAUGGCUUCCAGAUUUGGCUGAAUGUGCCAAAAAAGCACAAAGCCGAUGAUCCUGAAUACGGGACGGUCGACGAGAAGCUCUUGCCAGUUUUCGAAUUGGAGGCAGGUGCCGGCCAGGCGCGACUUCUCGCGGGUCCCUAUCAUGGCCAGGCUGGCGCUUUCAGGACGAAGCAAAGUGUGCAAAUGAUCGAUUUCGAGAUCCUGCCUGGAUCCGCGGUGUGUCAUUCCGUCCCGGAAGAGAUGAAUACGGUUCUGGUAUACUGCUACAAAGGCCAGUGCCGCGUCGGUGCAGAGGGCAAAGUGCUGCCCGCUCAGCAUGUUGCUCGGCUGGAUGCCAACAGGGCGGCCGACAGGAGCCUUCUGCUGGAAGCAUCGGCCAAGGAUGGCGCAAGUUGCCUGCUGUUUGCCGGCAAGCGCAUCAAUGAAUCGAUUGCCUGGCACGGGCCAUUUGUGGCAACCGACAAGAAGGAGCUGAUGCUCGCCUUCCGUGCCUAUCAGGAUGGCAAAUUCCCACCAAAGCGAGUUCCGUGGGACUAUCGCAAAGCCUCUGCGAAGCCAGAGUGCCUUGGCACAGUUUGCUGUUGGUCUCCGUUGCAGAAGCGCGUGUGCAUUGUCAUGAGGAGCAAUCACCUGGCAGACAUUGUCCUGCAGCCACACUACAACUUGCCGAUCGCAUUCACCCCGACGGGUCGUUAUGGAUCUCCUGUACAGUGCUCGGCAGGCUUUAUCCGGCUCAUCGUCGGCAAGUGGGGCAAAGUUGCUAAACACGAUGGUGACACCACCGUCACUCCCAACCAGUCGCGGGAUAUCUCCAGCACAGAGUAUGAGCUCGUUGCAGCAUGA